CUCGAAUGUAUGAUUAGAUUCGAUGAUAAGUACUCCAACAUUAUCCUUUAACAUUCAUAUAAUUGAAAAUGAAUCAAGAGUUUCACCCUACCGUCGUACAAUUCGAUUCGGUGAAAACAUUUCUUAGGUUUCUUCACAACAAACCCCAUAAUGAAGAGCCGUUAGCUUCCCGCCAAAACCAAGAACACUUGCUCCAUACGACAUUGUUGUAUUCUCUAAGGCACAAAAUCAGCAUAGCACAAGCAAUGAAUAUGUGCUUUAACUCUCUGCUAGUUUAAUCAUAUCCUCCCCACAACACAAAGAAGCCACCUUUUCCUCGUUUCUCCUCCUCCCCAAUUCCCAUACCACCAUUCUUUCCCUCCCAAAACAAACCCUUUUCCUUUCCCAAACCCACGAAACAGAGCACAAGAAGUAAAAGAAAGAACCCUCAGCAAGACCAACAAGAUCAAAGCAAUGGAGCUGGAACUGGGAUUGAAGAUCACACACACCAGAGACGACAUAACUUCCUUCACCGAUCUCCGAAUCUCUAAAGACCAUUCGGGCCCUCUCUUCGUCUCUCGAGAAACCAACUCCAAGUUCAUCCUCAUUGCCUAUCUCAAAGGGUUCAGAAGGGAGAACGUGAGCAUAAAGAUCAAUGGAGAAGGGAACCGAAUAGAGAUCAGCGGGGAGAAGCCGGUCCAGGAGAUGGUGAUGAUGGGUUUGAUCAUGUACAAGAAAGAUGUGGAGCUCAGGACCUUCAGGAAAGUCUUCAGGAUUCCUGACGCGGUCGUUCUGGACCGGAUCAGGGCCAAGUUCAACGACGAGGAAGCGGUCCUCACCAUCUUCAUUCCCAAAUCCGAGAAAGGAAUUCGCGGGGUUUCGAUCGAGGAGGUCAAGGAUGAAUUUGAAGCUGGUGGUAGUAGUUCGCCUGAAGAUUCUCGAAAGAUUCCUGAUGCAGAGCUGCCUGGAAAUGAUGAAACUGGUCAAGUUCCUGAAGAGGAGGAUGAUGGAAGGGGCCAUGAAGUGAUGAAUCCUAAAGCUGAGGAGCUUCCAAGUCGAAAGGAUUCGAUGGAAUCGUUAAAAGAAGAACAACAAGAAGAUCAGGGUCAGGUUAAAGAAAAGGUAGUCGAACCUAUUCAGAAACAAGGAUCCCAAGAAGAGUCUUCUUCAUCAAAUGCCAUACCUGAUAGCAAGAAAGAAGAAGAAACUAUGAUGGAAGAGCAAUUGGAUAGAGAAGAACCUCUGGAAUCGAAAGAGGACUUCGUCGAAAGGAAACCUGAAAGAUCGGAAAUGGUUGAAUCAGAGAAGACAGAUAAUGAAAUUCGAGACGAAGGAGUUCCUGAAAGCAAACCUGAAGAGAAGAAAGAUGAAGCUCGCAUGGAAGAAACAUGGCCGCAAGAACAUGAAUCAGAGAAGCAGGAACCUGAGACUGAAACGACGGCGGCAAAUUCAGUUGAUGAAGGCAAAGGGGUGGAAUCUUCGGAUAAGUCGAACCACAAAGAUGUAUCAAAGAGAUCGAAGAUGUGUCGUCCCGUGGUGAUUGCAGGAUCGAGCAUUCUAGUGUCAAUCAUAGUAAUAGUCAUUGGUUUUAUUAGAUCCAGAAGAAAAAAAGUAGUUUCUCGGUGUUGAUGUGUUCAUAGUUGUCAAUUUGAAGAAGCUGGUGAGUUUAUGGUGUGUUCAUAGUUGGUGAAUUGUGUAUUUUGGUCAACAGGAAACAUCUGUUACAAGAAUUCCUGCAGAACGAGAUAAGUACAGUUUUAAUUGAAAACUCAGA